ACCAAAUAUUUCAAAAUAUUCUCCAGAGUGUCUACAGUUCUGUGAUCACCAUGUGCAGGAAAGAGAAGGGAAAUGUAGCAGCUGGGAUUUGUGGGUUGGAAAAGGUUUAAUUUGCUGUUCUAAUUACAUUCUUUACAUUCUUUUGCACCAGAACUAGAAUUACCUUGACAGUAAUGCCAGUAAAACAACAUUUAUUCUUUCUUGCAAUUAAGGCACCUUACUGGGAGCAGAUAGAGCAGAGGCCUGUUGAGAAUCUCCAUGGAGCAAUCUUCUUAUCAGUGCCAUGGAUUGUUUUCUCCACCACUUCUGAUGAGUUUGAUGCAGUUGUUGGCUAUCUGGAGGAUAUCAUAAUGGAUGAUGAUUUCCAGUUAAUACAGAGGAAUUUUUUGGAGAAGCACUACCAGGAGUUUGAUGACUCAGAAGAAAACAAGCUCAUCUAUACGGACAUUUUUAAUGAAUAUAUCUCUUUAGUAGAGAAAUACAUUGAAGAGAAGUUGCUUGAUCGGAUUCGUGGGUUUGAUAUGGUUGCUUUCACAGUGUCAUUGCAACAGCACAAAGAUGAAAUGCCAGGUGAUAUAUUUGAUCUGCUUCUCACAUUUACAGACUUUCUGGCUUUCAAAGAAAUGUUCUUGGAAUACAGAGCUGAGAAAGAAGGCCGAAGUCUGGAUUUAAGCAGUGCGUUAGUGGUGACUUCAUUAAACCAUUAAACAAGUAAUUCUGAAGGGAGUUCUGUUGUAUUUUAAGCGAGGUUUAUUCAAAUUUCAGAGGUGAAAGGCAGCAAUUCCCAAGAGAGGGCCAGGGCAGGGGGCGGGGACUCGGCUCCACUCCGAGGGAGGUGGGUGUUUGGUGGGGCAGGGCUGGAACUGUGGGUCCCUCUCCAGGAGGUGAAAUCAAAACUUUCUGGAAUUUUUAUACCCUUGUACAAAUGGAUGGAAGAGACUGUGAGAGGCAGUCUUCCUUUCCCCAGCUCUACCCAAACUUCUGACAUGUCUGCCAGGAUCUUCUUGGAAGCUGCCAUGGUUUGUCUGGACAGUUUUCUGCAGUGCCCUGCUGCUGCUGCUACAGGAAGCCUUUUGCACUCUGAUAUAAAGUGCCUGAGCUGCAGUUUGAGCUCCUUGUUCUUUGUCCUGUCUCUGCUGAACACAGAGAACAGUUUAUUCCUUCUGUUCCUGCAGCACCAUUGUUUAACUGGAAAUCAUCCAGUUCCAACCCCCCUUCCACUAGAGCAGGUUGCUCACAGUCCCAUCCAGCCUGGCCUUAGGCAGUAAAAGAUGCUCCAUUCUCAGGGAUGUGGCUCUAACUGAGAAGUCAGUGUGUGCAGGGAAGGUUUUUACAAGGUGCCAAGGCAGAAUUCAUGCUGAUCAGCCAUCAGCUGCUUUAUAGGAACAGCACAUCAUUUCUUUGGUCACAUCCUUCCCAGAGAGAUGCAGAUUCUGGAGCUUCAGUUGCCUGGUGAUGCAGUUGAAUCUGGAGAAAUGCUAACUAAAUUAAUUUGGAACAUGUCAGAGUUUGGAAAGCUGAGACCUGUGUCCUUAAGCAGUGUUUGUAAGUAAAUUUUCUGUCUAGAUUUUGGAAUUCAAUAGUGACCUCCCCAUGUUAAUUUUUAUUAAUUUUAUUGAUUUUAUUUUCUUACUGUUCCUG